GGCUCCUCCGCGCUGGGUGCGGCGAGGGCGCCGGCGCCGGGAGAGCCGUGGCUGAAGGCGCGAGGGGGCGCGCGACACGUCGGCGGGGAGCUGUCGGGGGCUCAGGUAGGCAGAAGAGUUAAGCUGUGCGACAGAUGCCAAGCCAGAUUUCUUUAGACUCUUUUAAAGGAAGCGCGUCAAGUUUUUGCUUUUGUAAUUAAAAAUACUUUGAUCCUCACGGAAGGUUGACAUUAAAACUGAAGUUUUCUAAUUAUUAGAAAUUGAAUGUAAUGGCAGCAGAAUUUUUAAAGAGUUGCUGUAGAGGAUGUUUCUAUGGUGAAACAGAAAACCACAAGUUUUCUGUGGAAAGAGACUUUAAACCAUCCGUCUCAAAUAGCCAGAAUACCAUCUGUAUACCUCCAUUGACUUCUGUUUCAGUUAAGCCCCAAGUUGGCUGUGGUGAGGAUUAUUUGCUUUCCAAAUUACCAUGUGAUGGUAAAGAAGUACCAUUUGUGGUGCCCAGGUUUAAAUUAUCUUAUAUUCAGCCCAGGACACAAGGAACUCCUUCACAUCUGGAUGAACUGGAAGGAUCUGCCAGAGCAUCUUUUGGAGAUCAAAAAGCAGAACUUUGCAGUUCAUCCUACAGUGGAUCCAGCUAUGAUGUGUAUAAUCCAUGCUAUAUGUAUCAACACUUUUCACCUGAUUUAAGUAGACGCUUUCCACUUCAUUUUGAAACAAAAAAAUUAUAUGGAUCUGUUUGUGAUUUAAGGACCAGUAAACUUCCUGGUUCACCUGGGUUAAGCAAAUCUAUGCUCGAUCUUACAACAUCACCUCAGCGAUUCAUUCAGAGACAUGACUCACUGUCCAGUGUGCCUAGUAGUUCUUCUUCAAGGAAAAAUUCUCAGGGUAGUAACAGAAGCCUGGAUACAAUUACGCUGUCGGGAGAUGAGAGAGACUGGGGGAGGUUGAAUGUGAAGUUGUUUUAUAACUCUUCGGCAGAGCAGGUCUGGAUCACAGUUUUACAGUGCAGAGAUGUGACUUGGCCCUCUAGUUAUGGAGAGAGUCCCACAAUUUCUAUAAAAGGAAUUUUAACAUUGUCCAAACCAGUACAUUUCAAAUCUUCAGCCAAAGAAGGGUCUAACGUUAUUGAAUUUAUGGAAACUUUUGUAUUUGCUAUUAAACUACAAAAUCUACAAGCUGUUAGGCUUGUAUUUAAGAUUCAAAUCCAGACUCCCAGGAAGAAAACCAUUGGAGAAUGUUCUCUAUCACUCAGAACUCUCAGUACACAGGAAAUGGAUUACUCGUUGGAAAUAAUACCACCUUCAAAACUUUCUGUUUGCCAAGCAGAACUUGAACUGGGGGCUUGUUUUCAAGCAGUGAAUAGCAGGAUUCAGCUGCAAAUUCUUGAGGCACAAUACCUUCCAACUUCUUCAACACCUCUCACUUUGAGUUUUUUUGUGAAGGUGGGGAUGUUUAGCUCAGGAGAGCUCGUUUAUAAGAAGAAGACGCGCUUGCUGAAGGCUUCCAGUGGAAGAGUAAAAUGGGGAGAAACUAUGAUUUUUCCACUUACACAGACUGAAAAAGAAAUUGUUUUCCUCAUUAAACUUUAUAGUCGAAGCUCUGUAAGAAGAAAACAUUUUAUAGGCCAGCUCUGGAUAAGUGAAGACAGCAAUAAUAUUGAAGCAGUGAACCAAUGGAAAGAGACAAUUUCAAAUCCUGAAAAGGUUGUUAUCAAGUGGCACAAGUUAAAUCCAUCUUGAAGACAUCAGGCAUUAAUUUAGUGACGAAACAGCUUGACAUUUUAGUAGAAGAAACAUAAUUUCUAAAACUUAUAAUGAGUUCUAUCAGAUACACAAAGUGAAUGAAAUGUUUUAAAAUGGUGCCAAAAUAGAUGAUAAAAUAAAAGGGUAGUAUUAUUAGGCCAAUUAAAUAUAUUACAAAAAUCUAUGAAAAUAUCAAUCCUAGGUAAAUAUUUCAAUAUUGGUUCUGCUUUUGUUUUUAAGAUAUCAAAAACCUAGCACAGCAAUCCCUCUUAGUACUACUACUAGACAUUUAUAAAACUGUAGUACUUUUACAGUGCUAGGCAUGAUUGAUUAGAUCGUUACACAAUUUAUAUCUUUAUAUGAAUUUUUUACAGCACAAAUGAAUAGGUCAAUUCCAUUGACUUUUUUUCUGUAUUUGAGAAAAAUUGGUACCCUGUACCUACAAUUUUUUUUAUUUAUAAGUCAUUGCAUGAUCACUUUAUAAGCUGUUUAUCUCUAGAAGAAUUAGAGACUUAUUAACAUUUUUCCAGGAAUAAUAAAGCUUGGAACUAGCAGGAUGGCUCGGGAGUAAAUGAGCUUGUCACUCUUCUUGAUCAUCUGAGUUCCGUUCCUGGAACUCAACAAAAUGGAAGGGGAAAAUCCAUUUCCUUUAGUUUCUUUACUGACAUCCACAUCCAUACUUUGGCAAACACACACACACACACACACACACACACACACACACACAAAUAAGUAAACAAAUAAAUACACAUAAAUAAGCAAAUGUCUUUUAAAAAUCAAUAAAGUUUAAUUGAAAGCAAAAAUAUAUACCUUUUGUUUUCCUUAUUUUUUCUUUAUUUUCUUUUGAGUUAAAAGAAAAUAUUUUACUUUUGAGCCAACUUAAUUUAGCAAAAUUAAAUGAGCUUAAAUAGUAAAUUCAGUAUUUUAUGAUCACUAGUUCUUUCAGUUUUUGAUGUAAGCUAUUUGCUCUCUAAUCUACAAUGUUAAAGCAUUUUCCCCAUUUUAAUUACCAUACUAUGUAGCAAUGUAUAAAAUGCAAAUAUUUUUCUACUUAAGGUUUAUUUCAGGUACAUAUUAGAACUUAGCAUCUGGAAAUUAUUUCUUCUUGGAUCACCACAAGAGUUGUGGCUAAAACAAAACAAAAAAAAUUUAGGAAGAAGCAAGAACACUUUCUAAUCUUAUAAAUAGUAUAGUUUAGGCCUUAUUAUAUACCUUAUUAUAAUGUAGGAAUAACCUUUGUAAUUCUUCAUAGUCUAGAUAUCUCAUUAGAAUCUAAAUAGAACUGUUAUAUAGGUAUUUUCUAGAUUUUUAUGGUACCAGUGGUAUUGAUCAGAUUUCUUUGCCACUGUGAAUUUUGAAGUAAUAUUUUCAGACUUGUAAAAUAUAAAGUACUGGUCAAUUUUCAUAUGCUCUUCUAGGAGAAACCAUUUUUUGUGUUAGUGAUAGUCUUUUGAACAUUGAGAUUUUUACUUUCUUUUAGUUUAAUUUGUUUGUUUAAUAGAUUUUACUUUUUUCUUUUAAAAAAAUUGUUUUUUUAAUUACACUUUAUUCACUUUGUACCCAGCUGUAGCCCCUUCCACUCUUGCCCUCCCUCCUCCUUCUCCUCCAUGUCCCUCUGGCAGUCCACUGAUAGGGGAGGUCCUUCUCCCUUUCCAUCUGACUCUAGCCUAUCAGGCCUCAUCAGAACUGGCUGCAUUGUCUUCCUCUGUGGCCUGGUGAGGCUGCUCCCCCCUAAGGGGUAGGUGGUCAAAGAGCCAUCCACUGAAUUCAUGUCAGAGACAGCCCCUGUUCCUCUUACUAGGAAACCCACUUGGACACUGAGCUGCCAUGGGCUACAUUUGUGCAGGGGUUCUAGGUUAUCUCCAUGCAUGGUUCUUGGUUGGAGUAUCAGUCUCAGAAAAGACCCUUGGGCCCAGAUUUUUUGGUUCUGUUGCUCUCCUUCUGGAGCUCCUGUCCCCUCCAGGUCUUUCAUCUUCCUCUUCUUUCAUAAGAUUCCCUAUACUCUGCCCAAAGUUUGGCUGAGUCUCAGCAUCUGCUUUGAUGUAGAGUCUUUCCAAGGCCCUCUGAGAUGAUCAAUCCUCAUUCAGAAAGGCAAAUCGAUGGACAUCAGAAGUGGGAGAAAACAGGGAACACAGAGGAGCCUAGAUUUAACAUUUUAAAGUGGGCACAGAAAUUUUCUACUUGUAAUCUUCCAUUCUCAGCACAGGCAUAGUUUCUGCACCAUCAACAGCCUACAUCCAAGUAAGACGUUUGUCAGAAUUGAUCAGCCUUUAUCAACACAUCACAGGCUUUGUUCUUUUUUUUUAAACUAGAUUUUAAUUUUCUGUUAAAAUUAAAACUUUUCUGUGUUCUACUAAUUUUAAUUCUAAAUUUUAUACAUGUCAUAUAUUUAAUUCAGUUUUAAUGAUCUAAUUAUUAAUUUUAAAGCAAAUAGUUAAUAUAAAAAUUGAGGAAAAGAUAGGCUUUCUUAGUUUAUCACACUCCUAGAUAUCUUAGAUAAAUCAAUACAAAGAAAACUUCGUUUAAAAGAACCCUCACGUAUAAAAUAUUAAGAGGUGAAGCUUCUAAUAUUUUAAUCAUGUUUAUUUAAGCAUUUUUCAGUUGAAGAUGUACUCAGUGUAAACAUGUGUGUUUAUUAUGUCCUUGAAAAUUUUAUGUGCAAAUGUAGAUGCAAACACCCUUGUGUUAAUAGGCACUCUUGGAGAGAAAAACAAUUCGGAGCCAACAAUAAAAACUAAAGCACCAUGCAAAAAUCAUUUCUCUCUGUAUUUGUGUAGGCUUUUCUUGACCUUUACUCACUUGUAACAAGAAAAAAAAAAAAAAAAAAAAAAACUAAAAUAAUGCUGGGAAGCCAGAUUGAAACAAAGGAAACUUCAUAAUAGGAGGGAGAUCAGUCAUUUAUAAACUCUGUCAUUUAUAAAAUGUAUUUAUAAACUAUCAGAUAACACAGAAAGUUUUAGCCCAUGUCAAAAUAUAGCAUCAUUAUUUGGAUUGAUUUAGUUUUGCACAAUGCUAUUCUCUUAACAGUGGUUGUUCUUUUUCUUUUCCUUCCUAACGAUCUUUUUCUUUCUUUUCUUUUUUAAAUGAAUUGGAGUUGUUUACUUCCAAGCUUGGUCAAACAUCCUUAAUUUCUUGGUAUAAUAAACAUAUUUCAAUUCAAAUAGUAACUUUGAAUGCUAUGCAGAAGAACAGAAGUAAUAUGUUCGGCAAUUAAUUUGCUCAAUUUCAUACAAGCAACAUAACUAUUUAUGAAAAAAUACUGACCAAAUUGUAGAUAUUAAAUACUAAAUAAAUUAUUAUGAUUUAGUCUAUUUAACAAUCAAGAAAAUUCCAAGCCAUCCUCAACUCCAGUGGCAAUUUCAGAUGCAGUUUGGAGGUCAGGAAUUUUGAUGGAGCUGUUAGUGUAGCAGACCUUGUAGGUAAAAUAUAUGUAUCUUUUAGUAACACAUGUGAAGAAUUCUCUAAAAUUAACCUCACUGGUUUCAUUCUCAGCAGACUGACCUUGCACACUCAGCAUGGCCUUUAUUUUCAUGAUAUUAGUACCUGUUCUAUUUUUUACAAUAAGUUCAUGACCACCUGAAGGUAUUCACUUGAUAUACCUGGCAUUAAGGCCUCCACAAUCACCAUAGGCUUUCUCCUCCAUCCAUUAUGUUAUUAUAAAAUAUUAUUUUGAUCCCAUAAGAACUUUGUUAGUUUCUCUUUCAUAUUCUGGGGCACUGGAAGGAAUAACUUGAGCCAGACUAUGGCUGCUUUUUGCAACAGGAAAAAGAUUAGUCAACAAUGGAUUUAUGAAUUCUCAGAUAACAGAAAGUUACAGCCCAUGUCAAAAUAUAGCAUUAUUAUUUGGCAUUCAUUUAGUUUUACAUGAUUUUUAAAGCAGGAAUCAUAAAAAUGACCCAAGUAUAUUAAUUCCAACUCUUACCAGACUGUUGAGAAGAAACCACUGGGAUUUUUGAACAUAUGUAAUUAUGGUCUAAAAAUAAACUAACCCAAAGUUCUAUUUAAAUGUAACUUUUCAAAUUUCUUUUUUUUCUUUGAUACUACUAAACUUAUCAGCCAUUUGGAAACUGUUUUUCAGCCAAAAUUUUACUUGUUUAUAUGUUCAAAUAUUUGUACAUGUAUAAAAAUUUUUAAAUUUGGAAUAAAUUCAGACUUUUUUACUAUAAUA